CCUGAACCAGUGAAAAGGAACACAAUAACAGACUGUCACAACUCGACCGAGUGUUUUGAUUUGCAGCGUUCGACGGAGAGGUUUAAUCCAACAACCAGGACGACCAUGGCGUCUAGGCAAGUUAAGCAAGACCGGUCUGAUGCUGUUGCAAGGGCGGCAGCUUCCAAGCUCACAGAUUCUGAUAGAAGGGAUCCUGACUUCGAAGAAGUAGAUGUGACGGUGUCAGACAAACCACAACAGCACCGAACGGGCGUUCUCGGAACCCUUCAAGAGGGCACCGUGUCCGUCCUGAAGGCCGUGCAAGGUACUUACGAGCAAGCGAAAGCAGCUGUCACCGGAAAAACUCAGGAAGCGGUCGACAGGACGAGAGAAGGUGCAAACGUUGUGGCUGAACAAGCGAGGGAGACUAAAGAAUCCGUGGCUGGAAAGACGGGUGAAUACAAAGAUUACACGGCCGAGAAAGCAAAGGAAGGGAGGGACAAGAUGGGUGAAUAUACUAACUACACGGAGGAUAAGGCCAAAGAGUGGAAGGACUCGACCAUGUCGACGAUGGGAGAGUAUAAAGAUUCUGCUGCAGAGAAGGCGAGGGAGACAAAUGACUCGGCGGCCAUGAAGAAGAUGGGCGAGUACAAGGACUAUGCCGCCGAUAAAGCUAGGCAGGGCAAGGACGCCACCAUUGAGAAGAUGGGUGAGUACAAGGACUAUGCUGCAGAUAAGGCAAGGCAGGGCAAGGACGUCGCCGUGGAGAAGAUGGGCGAGCACAGGGAUUAUGCUGCGGACAAGGCGAAGCAGGGCAAGGACGUCGCCGUGGAGAAGAUGGGCGAGUACAAGGAUUAUGCUGUAGACAAGGCGAAACAGGGCAAGGACAUCGCCGUGGAGAAGAUGGGCGAAUACAAGGAUUAUGCUGUAGACAAAGCGAAGCAGGGCAAGGACGCAACCAUGCAGAAGAUGGGUCUGUAUAAGGACUACACUGCUGAUAAGGCAAAGCAAGGGAAAGAUGCGACAAUGGAGAAGUUGUGUGAGUACAAGGACUACACUGCCGAUAAGGCCAAGCAGGGGAAAGAUGCGACAAUGGAGAAGGCGGGUGAGUACAAGGACUAUACUGCUGAGAAGACCAAGCCGGGAAAAGAUGCGACAAUGGAGAAGAUGGGUGAGUACAAGGACCAUACUGCUGAGAAGGCCAAGCAGGGGAAAGAUGCAACAAUGGAGAAGAUGGGUGAGUACAAGGACUACACCGCCGAUAAGGCCAAGCAGGGGAAAGAUGCAACAAUGGAGAAGAUGGGUGAAUACAAGGACUACACCGCCGAUAAGGCGAAGGAGGGGAAAGAUGCAACAAUGGAGAAGACGGGUCAGUACAAGGACUAUACUGCUGAGAAGACGAAGGAGGGAAAGGAUACGACGGCUGAAAGGAUGAAAGGACUCAAGGACUCUACCGCCGAUGCAGCUACACAGGCAAAGGAAUUCUUGACAGGUAAGAAUGCCGAGACGAAUCAGCAGACAGCGGAGACUGGACAGGAAGCCAAGGAGAAGAUGGGCGAGACGGAGGAGUCGGCAAGACAGAAGAUGGAACGGCCGAGGUUGGAAGGAGAGGAAUACAAGGACGUGGCAAGCGAUAGGGAGCGGAGCAAGGUGGAGGUGAGAUAUCCAGAAGAGCAAAGCUCUGAGGAGAGGAUAAAGGUGGAGACGAAGACGACUCCGAGCGAAACAGUGUCGAUUGGCUGGAAUCAGAUGGCUGGGUAGACAUUCAACGAUGUGGGAAUCCUGGGUAGAGAGAGGAUCCACUAAACAGAUGGAUACAGGAAGAAGUGAUCGUCAGAUGUGUGUAGAUACUUAAUGGAUAUAUGAAUAUAUGAUGUAGGGGAGUGAUCUUUUGUAUUUUGUGUUCCGGGUCUAGAGAUACAUAUCCGGGUGUCUCAGCUAUUUUCUUUCAUAGGAACUUGGAUAAAAACCAAAAUCCGUUCGUGCUAUGUAUAAAUCAAUUGAGCGGAUUGUAUA